AUGGUGACGGACUUCCAAUAUUGUCGUUUAAACCCCCAGAAACAAGAGAUUCGUAUUUUGGUACUCAGCCCAAACAAUGGCUCUCUAGACUCCCCCGUUCGUGGCCGACUUGUAACGAGAAGUUUAGAGAAUCGACCCAAUUAUCUUUGCUUGUCAUACACAUGGGGCAAACAAGACUCGAAGAAAUCAAUCUCGUUGGAUGGUUAUCGGUUCCCCGUCGGGGAGAAUCUUUCAUCGGCGCUCCAUCAAAUUCGCAGGCGAGACGAAGAAAUCAAAAUUUGGAUUGAUGCGAUUUGCAUUAACCAAAACGAUAUCCCAGAGCGUAACAGUCAGGUGGAAAUGAUGGGUCAAAUAUAUUCUGCCGCGAAGAAAGUCCUAGUAUGGUUGGGUCCAGCCGCCGAAGAUUCCGAU